AAAGGAAUGUUUACAGGAUUUAAAGAGUUCACAUGCCAAAAACCAGAAAAAGAAAGGAUAUUCAGAUAAGAAUGAUUAUGUAUCCUUUCCUUUUGUUCUUUGUUUCUAUCCUUGCUAAAUAAAAAGGUUCCCGUUGUAUAAUCUAGCAAAAGGUAGUAAUAAAUUAUAGGCAGAGCAUAACAUUGAUCAAAUAAGUAUGUUCGGAUAAGAAUGAUUGUGCAUCCUUUCCUUUUCUUCUUUGUUUCUAUCCUCGCUAUAUAAAAAGGUUCUUGUUGCGGAAUCUAGCAAAAGAUAAUAACAAAGUGUAGGCAGAGCAUAAGCUUUGAUCAAAAGUUGAAAAGUGGAUUCUUUGUUCUGUAACCUCCUUUAGCUUUCUGCAUCUUAUCAAAACAGCGGUGCUCUUUCUAACGUUUCUCCAGAGUUGAAGCCGGAAUUCCAAGCCAAUAUCAGAAAGGAAAUGCAGAUUUUGAAGAAAGUCCAUCUUCUUCAAGCCCUCCUUUUACUCAAAAUUUCCUUUCCCACUUCCGUAUCUCAAGAAACAACAAUCAGCAAUUGUGGAAAGAUAAGGAUCCAAAGUCCUUUUUUUCUUCAUAAUUCCACAUAUUUGUCCCCUUUAAAUCACAUGCUUCUUUGCAAAGCUCAGAAAUUGUACUUCAGAACUUCACUUGGUCUUUUCCAGGUUUCUUCAAUUGAUUAUGAGACUAAACUGCUGACCAUUUCACACAGCUCUUGCUCUUCCGCCUCUCACUUCAUAUCUCCUACAAGUCUAUCAGCAGGAUUCCCUCAUCCCCCUCAGCCUAACUCCUUGGUUCUUUACAACUGCUUAAGCCAAAAGAACUCAGCAUCUCCAUAUAUGAGCAAUUGCUCUAGUUUACCUGCCUUGGGAGGUUCUUGUUCAAAACUUCACCAACAAGAGCUUAGAAAAGGGAUCUCUUCUUGUUUUGUGGUUCAGGACGUAAGGAAACUGGAUGGGGACUUUCAUCCCAAACAAAUGAACUGCACACAUUACAGAAGAAUGUAUAGAAAUGCAUCAGUGGAUGACAAUAGCUGUGGAUUUGAAUUGGGGACAAGAAUUUCUUUUGAUAUUCAUGUCCCUAACCCAUGUGACGAGUGCAAAAAGCCAGAUGGAAAUUGUGGAGUUGGAUUAAGAUGUAUCUGCCACGCCAGAGAAUGCAAGGAUAAGGUGGUUUCACUUGGUGUAGUCUUGAACCCUUUUGGCAGUGUUCUCUUCUCAUUUGUUUGCUUCGUUAUAAUGAUGGACCUCUUCAACAGUCCUUGAGACUUGGUCAUUAUACAGCCUUGAUUGCGGAAGCUCUCUCAGGUGGUUCUUCAUCCAAGGGCUUGAGCACUGCUCCUGAUUCAAUGCCUUCUUCAGGAGACUUGUAUCCUCCUCCUGCAUCAGCCUCAGGUGGCCUAGAAAAUACAUUAUAUCACAGAAAAAGAAAGAAUGUAAAACUGAGUGUAGUCAGAAUGGUUAUGAGCAGAAAGUGGAUUGCUGAGAUCAUGGAAUUCCGUACUCUACAAAUCAAGUGAUUUCAGCACCAACUAAAAGGAUCUUCAGCUUUCUGUUUGAAGAGAACAACAAUUUCCUGGUGCAAUUUGCUUGUGAAUAAUGUUGUUGUGUACUAUAAAAUAUAUGGUAGUAUGAGAGGGCAAGGAAAACUGGAAGUGCUUGUACUUAAUUUUGUUUCACUGAAGAAAAAUUGAAGAAAGAGAGUGUGUGUGUGUGUGUGUGUGUAUCAUGACUACCAAAGCAACAAAAUACCAAGAAAAGGAUUAGAAAGUGAAUGAAGUUUGGACUGAAAAUAAUCAAGAAACAAAACACGCUAUUGUUUACUAGUA